UUGGUUUUCCGUUUUGAUAGUCUUCGUAAUCACCAGUUGAAGAUAACGUGUUUUAGUUUUUGUUCGCGUUAACUUCAUUCUUAUCAUUUACUAAAAAGCGAAAGUCCACAAAGAGGAUAACAGCGAUCAAACAUGAGUUCUCGUUUAGAAUAUUCCUACAUUCCAAAAGCGGUCUCCAGUUGCAAAGCUGAAUAUGCUUUCCAUGAUUUCAUAUUGGAACAUAAAAAGGCUCUAUCGGAAACCAUUACCAGUAUACCAUAUUCGGAAAUGGUAUAUCAAAUAGAUCUGGCUGUAAAAUUCAUGCAAUUUCACGCAGGGCAGAAAAACUACGGCGCGUAUGGUGAUCAGGACAGUGAGAAUCGUGUGGUAAUAGACACCCGGAAAUCGGUCUUCGAGAUAAUAAUAGACUUAUAUACUUCGAUGCAAGCUACCAGUUGUGGUUUCAAUCUUAGUUUCAUCGGAGAUUGUACAUCAAAGGAUGCCUUCAUCAAGAAGCUGAUGGAGUUUCACCACUUUGAAAUUGGAAUUGCGUCAGCGAUAGCAAUUCCGAAGUCCGAUUUGCCUGUCUCCUACUGCACAAUGAUUAUCUUCGCUUCGAGCGAUAUAGAAUCGGCAACAGAUUUGUUGGCAACGGCUUGGCUGAACAAUUCCGUUCCGUGGGUUAUAAGAAAUCUUCUUGUGCAGGAAACAAUUCAGGAUAAAUUCAUCCAGCUAUUGGAGGGCAAGCUUAAGCCUUUCAACGAAAAAGUGUCAUUCGAGAAAGAGAUGGUCGAAGUGGUUACUAAGGCUUCGCAAACUGGACUAAAGAUGAUCCAGAACCCUAGCGAUUCUAAAGAGCUGAAGCCGACAGUUGUGUAUGGUUCUAGCGUAGAAUUUUUCUUGAAAGAUGAUUCUUGUGAGCCGAGCCCUAUGAUGAUACUGAAUGUAUUUAGAACGGCAAAGGAAGCAAUCUCUCUGGCGGAUAAGAGUUGUGGAGGUUCAAUCUCGGUGUGGACCGAAGAGUUAUGCCUCGGCAUGGAAGUUGCUUACGGAGUGUCCGCAUCAUGUGUUUGGGUCAAUUCUCAUGGUAUAUUUAAUCCUGAAUUCCCGUAUACAUUCCGUCAUAAUGAUUAUUGUUAUGGCUCUGACUAUGCCGUUUUUGAGAAGCAGAUUAAAAGGGUAUUUGUACCAACACAGCAUGAGCCACUUAACUCGACGACCAGGAACAGAACUGCCAUCGAUACUCUUGGAGUGAUACCCAAAGAGGUGGAAAAGCAAAGAUACACUUUUGUGACGAAGGAAAAGAAUAUACACUACGAAAUGUUGAGCUCCCCUUAUGACAUAAGUAAUUAUAACGAAACAAAUCGGUUCCAGAUUGUAAUGGAUUUCUUCGCUAAAUUGAAGACGAAUGAUAUUUACCGACAUUUGAUUAUGGAUACGGUUUAUAAUCAAAGAAAAACUGUAGUCAUCCCAUACGGUGUUAGUUUUGCAAAUUAGAACAUGGAAUGUGAACUUCUCAGGGCAAAUUUGGUGUUCACUAUAUAUUGUAUCCAUCGAAUAGAAUGUGUUUUAUAACAAGCUGCCAAUUGAAAUAAAAUUUCAAUAAAACCGUAUAACUAUAUCAAAAAUA